AAGAGAACACUUAAAAAUAGCAAAAAGAAAAAAAAAUUAUAAUAAAAAAAUAAGUCAAAUAUCAGACUUUUAAAAUUUUUUUGUCAGCUUAGAGGAUUUAAAUAAAUUUCUGUUUUUGCGAAAUUGCUUAUACAUUUAAACUCUUCCUAUUUUAUUCUAUCACGCACUAAAUCUCGCUUUUAAUUGCAUUUCCACAAUUUGCGAAAAAAGAAAGUGACGCGUUAACACCAAAACGCAAAAAUGUUGAAAAAAUUUGUGACCAUACAAUCGGAUGUCAGUCCAUCGAAAAAUCCAUAUGAAGUGCGCACCUAUAUGGGCGAUAGCCCGAAUGCACCCGACUGGAAGGUUGAAAUGUGCGAAAAAGUGCGUAAAUGCGAACGACCCGAAAACUCGACCAUUUCCAAAGUGAUGACCAUCGAGGAUGAACUGCGUCGCCUCAAUCAAAAAGUGAAAGAGUCACGCUUUCAACGUGAAAUCAAAAAGAAAUGCUCCAAAACCGAUGAUUAUCUGCUGUGCACAAAUCCACAGCGUACUCCCAGUGAAUUGAAGGAGCAUUCCAUAAUGCGUGAACGUUUUCUACGCGUCGCUUAUGAUUUGACGCGUCGCGUACAUGAUGGUUCCGAGGUGCCCUUAAAGGCGCCUAGUCAUAUUGAGCUCGUUAGUCCGGUGCCGAGUCAGUCCGCUGCAACCGAUGAAGAAGAAGGCGAGGAGGACGAAAAGAAGUCGGUAAAACCACAAAUGGCGAGCCCAUCCUGCAGUUUGGAUGUUAUUUAUAAGCCCUCAGCGAAGUUGCUUGAACUGAAACGUCCCAAGAGUGGUAUGUUUCAUAAUCAAUCCGAGCGGCCACUACCACCAUUGGAUGAAGAUGAUAUACCAUAUAGCAAUUACAAUCCACGUAUUUUACAACAAAAAUUCGAUCAACAAAAUCUAGAUAGAGUUGAUUUGAUACAAGGACGUGAUCCGCACGAUUUAUGGACAUGGAAUAUUGGUCUACAGCAACAUGAAAGUCAAUUAGAUCGCGCUUUUCUCGAUGCUUCAGUGCCGAAGUUCGAUUGCAGACAUCUAGAGUUGACCUCUUUCAAAAUACCCAAUGAUUUGGAUAAAACUUUCACCGCCGAAAUCGUAUUUGGAACACUAGCAGUACAACCAGAUGAUAAGCCGAAAUCGAAAUUUGCUUACUUUAACCGUCCGAAAGAGAUCGCUUGUCUUUUCGCCGCUUAUGUCGAAAGCUUUCGUUUCAAUCCCGACUUUUGGACUUCCGACACUUUGGAUGGUAUAUUGGCGACUGGUGAGAAGCUUUUAAAGAAGAGCACUAAUCUCAAUUACAAAUCUGAAGAUACCGAUUUCGAUAUAAUACCACAAAUUAUUGAGAAACAAGCCGAAAUUAGCUUUAAGCUUCACUUCACAGGACCACUGGACUCCGAGCCGAAUAUAUACAAAGUACUUUCAUUGUACUUCUUGAAAUAUAAUGCCGCUGUGUUAGUCGCUAAGGGUAUAUACAUGCUGAUAUGGAAACGUUGCACCAACACAUUCUACAUUUUUGAUCCCUAUGGACGCGAUGAAUUGUGUCAGCGUGACUUCGUCAACGGCAGUUGCUCACUUAUGGCCGUCACGUAUGUGGAACACUUGGUGCAUUUGAUCAUCAGCUUUAGUAAGGCCGAUGUGAAAAGCGAGAUAAGUUUAUAUGAGAUUUCCAUCAAAAAUUUCGGCAAAAUAACCAGUCCCAUAGCGAGUAAACCGUUCCCGAAGCGUACACACCGCUUGUGGGCGGUGGUGAAUGGUACUUACGCCAUCAUACCGGCAGCUAAUAAUGGCAUACAGCAGCCGGUAACGGGUAAUGAGCAGAAUGCUUCGAUUUUCAUUUCUCUACUGGCGUUAUUAUAUUCGAAUAUUGAUCGUGCGUCGACGUGGCGCAUGGAAAUCAUCGACGAGCUGAUCAAAUUCGGCCAAGCCUUUUACAAGACCUUCAUGAAACGUUUGAAACUGAAGAAGAAACAACAUAUGAAUAUUGUGGAUAUACCCGAUGUGAUAAUGCUCGGCGCAUUUCGUGCGACCAUGAAGAAACAUCCCUUCCUUUAUACCGGUCAUGUGACGAAUUGCAAGUCAUAUCUGGAAUCACAAUUGACAUCGGUUGUGCGCGAUCUCUUUGGGAGUAAUUACGAUGCGGCGCUCUUGCAAAUCGAUAAUUCCGUUAUAGCGAUAUGGCGUGAUAUGGAGUACUAUUAUUUGUUCGAUCCAUUUCGACGUGGCAAAGCGGGACAAGUCUUGGAUCCAGAGGAUUAUCUCACCAAAGGUGUGGCUUGUCUACAAAUGCACUCAAAUUUCGAAUCGUUUUGUAGAAUACUCUAUCAGAAAGCAUUGAAAAUGCGUCGCGGUGGUAAAUUUUUCGUGCAUGGCAUAAGUAUCGGCUGCAUACGGCCGAUGUUGUCGGCGGCGAAUAUGAAAAAUAAAUAUCCACGCUUACAAAUUACCUAUCCGAAACUUGCCAGCAAAGACCUUGAGAAACGUCAAUCUAAGAAGGGCAAAGGCAAGAAGAAGCUUGGUCGUACAUACAGUAUUGAAACGAUACCGGAUGAGGAUCGUAUACCCGAGUUUGAGGAUGCCGAUGUUGUUAACUCUCUGCUGGAUGAAAUUAUAUGCGAGAUCUUAGAAAGUAUGACUGAACCCACACCGAGUCGCUUACAAUUAUAUAAGCAAGCUGAGAAAGUGCUGUUACGUUCCGAUAAAGAAUAUUUACAGAGCUUACGCUAUAAGUUAUUGCAUGGUGAAGAUUAUGACAAUGUCUAUGCCGAGUUCCAGAAACAACCGACACCACCACCGCGUCCACUAACACUGAAGGAGGAGCUGGAACUACGCACAAACUUCGAGCUGUUGCCCGAUGGUUCAUGGGUUGUGAUGGGUCAAUCGUAUAUACCGCAAGAGGAGACCGAAGUGAGCAAAUUAAAUGGUCUGCUCUCCACUUUGGUGGCCACAGCGCUCAGUUCGAAGUACAAUAUUUCCACAUGGAACAAAGAGUUGGUCGAUUUUGCUGUGGAGUCAUCCAAUAGCUUCGGCGAAGAGUUCUGCAACUAUGAGGCCACAUUGAACACAUUCCUUUCGCAGUGCAUGCCAAAGAUAAAUAUUGGCAAUAAUAUUUAUCUGCUACAUUUAGAGCGUGUCAUACAAAGCUCCAUGACGCGUCCGUUGCGUCAAAUAUUGCUCGAGAGUUUCAUAACCUACAAUCGCUUGAUUGUUGUUUGUCAAAUGUUCUCAUGUCUGAUUGUCAAACGCUACAAUUUCCUCUAUAUGUUCAUUGGAUUUCCAUGCACACCGGUGGGUUAUCGUAAAUUCGGCUCUGGUCCGGGUUGUCUGUUACGUUUCGUUGAAUUGGAUGCGCUUAUACGACGCAUAGAGUUCGGUUGCAAUCCGCAAGGUUGUGAAAUCACCAAUUACGUGGCGGUCGCUAUAAAAGUUUUGGACGUGACAAAUAUACCGCCAGAGCGCUACAGGAAUUGGCCACCAGAAAUUGAGGAGUCCGUGUAUGCGGCUGAGAGCGAUCGUAAGCAGAAGUUGGAUCGAUUGCGUAUGGACAAGAUACGCUUCCUCGAUCGGGAAUUGCUUAAGGAGGAUGAACGUAUACAACGUUUCUUGGAGGAGAAGGAAGAUAAGAUAGUAGCUCGGCAACAAAAGCGAGACAAAGGAAAAGGUAAAAAGAAGGUCAGCAUGAAUCGUUCCGCCGAACCGACCGACUUAGAGGAGGAAUACGAUGAGGAUGAAAUGGAUGAGAUGGAAGAGUAUGAAGAGGAAGAGGUGGAAUUGAAGCAUAAACCAGGCAAGCGUCUACAACGCGAACUCGAUACCAGUUUCAAGCCACAUAAAAUCCUCUACGGUUAUCGUAUGCGUGAGAAGGAUUGUAACUUCAAGAUACAGGGUACCACCGCAUUGGAAGACCGCUCAGUGGCGCUGGUCGAUCAAAUUAAGCCUUGCUUCUUUGUCAGCACAUUGGCUGUUUUGUAUACAAUAUUACGUCCGCUCAAUCAAUGGUCGGCACAACGGGUGGAUCGUGUGAUCGAGAGUGGCAAAGCUAUUGCCUGUCGUGUGACGAAUAUGACUUCGGCGUUCGAACGAUUUAUCAAGAAUGUCACUGUGGAUGAUUACAAAUUCGAUGUUUGGGUUAAGACACACGAACCGGCUGGCAUGGCGGGAGCUAAUGUCUGCCGUAAGAUUGCCAAGUCGAUGCAAACACGCAAGUAUAUGCUGCUCCAAGUAUCUAAUACGACUUUCGCCAUCUUUCACGAUGAGUACUAUCACCUUUUCGAUCCCUAUCCAUCUAUGGAGAAAUCACAAGGCGGCGAAGAAGGGGAGGAAGAAGAUGAUGAUGGUGACUAUGUUGAAAAGCAGGGACCGCGUAAAGGUAAAUGUAAGAAGGGUGUGAAGCGUUACGGUGAACGUAACACCGCCUCGUGGGUACUCUUCGCUGAUAUCGAAUCACUACUAAAAUAUGUGGACAAACGCGCUGCGAAUUCCUCAUGGCAAAUAGCCAGUGAGUAUGCAUUGCAUUUGAUCGAUGUGAUCUCGUACAGGAAGGCAGGACCGAAGACGCGCAUACUCCAAUUGCUUACCGAUCUGUCGGUGCCGAUCGAAUGCAAGACGACACAGCAUGGCGAAGAUGAGGCGGUUAUGUGUGCGCAUCCCGAGACUAUGGCUUGGUUGGAUUUGGAGAAUUGCUUACCGGUGUGGAGUCGCAUGAAUCGUCGCAAUACUGCCGGUCGCUAUCGCAAUUUGCCCGUCACAAAGCUCAAGCGCUUCGAUAUCGAGAUCGAGGGACGUUUGUGGUCGCUAUGGGGCAAUUUACAUCCUGAGGCGCCAGUAUUUGGUGCUACAUCGCGUGGCAAGCAAUAUCUGGCCUGCAAUGUGAUGGCUUGUUGCGCGGCCAAGGUUUACCGUUUAACCGAUUGGAGUCCACAUUUACUCGACACGGUUGUGAUCAAUGGCGAUCGUUAUCAUCGCGAGAGCUUAGAGAACAUCAAACUAUCGGACUAUGAGUUCUCGCUAGAGGACUUGAAUUUGGAUUGUACGCUAGAGAAUAUCAAAUUUGUCGUGCACUUGGAACAUGUGGCUUUCGGCAAACUCUACAAUCCAGGCACGCGCACCACAAUGAACUUGGCCGAUGCGCUUAUGUAUUUCUUCACUCACUACCAAUUCGGUAUUUUGCAAUGCUAUAAACACUCUUUGGCCAUUGGUCGCAUUAUGGGCUUUGAUGGUGGUUUCUUCAUGUUCGAUUGCCAAAGCAAAGAUCAUCCGUUAUUCCCGAAAGGCCAAGGCGCUUCGUAUCUAUUGCGUACCAAACACUUGCAGGUUCUGCUCUAUUGUAUUGUCGUGACUCUCAAUGUGCCCUACUACAAUGUGAACUUCACUCUACACAAAGUGGAUAUGCUGCGCGAGGGUGCCUCGCUUGAGGAGGAGGGAGAGGAGGAGCAGAAUGAUAAUAAUUAAAUUGGCAAAACGAAGGCAUUUUUAAAUGAUGCAAAAUUUAUUGAAGUGUUUCGGCUAUCAAAUUAUCGUAGUUACAUUGGAUGUAAAUCAAAAUUAAAUAAAUUUAUUUCGUACAAACAAUAGAA